CACAAAUUAAUUUUUAGGCCUCAAAUUUCAUGUGUAUUCUAAAUGAGACAAUUUAAGUACCUUAUAAUCGAUAGGUCUAGCCAAGUGACAGCCUUCCUUCACUUCCAAAAUUCCAUGAGUACAAUUUACACCUCAAAAACAACCAAACCAAACACAAAAUACCCGGCUAAACCUAAACCAUAAUCACCUUUUCGGCUUUUCCAUUCGCACUCUUCUUCCUUCUCUCUCCUAAUCACCAUCAUCGUCAUCAUCAUCAAUUCAUUCUUCUUUGAUUUGGUGUUCAUCAUCAAGCAACAAUGACGACAAUCGGGCACUUGUAAUUCUUAGGGUUUUAUUCAAGAAUAAAAUCUGCUAUAAUUUGGGUGAAAUUCGAAGCUUGUUUUAGGGGUUUUGUGAUUUCGUAUUAAUUGAUAUGAAAUUAAAAUUAGGGUUUUUUGUUGAAGAAUUUUGAUAGCGACCCUUUUUCGUCUAACAAAGAUUAGUUUAUCGUCGGAGGUGGUGGUCAAGUGCUAAUUUUUGUUGGCCUGACCUUCCAGAUUGCACUAAAAAUUAGAAGCUGAAAUUAAAAACUCGGUUUGGGAUGAGUAUGGAACUGAAAAACCCGUCCCUGAAAUCUGGCGACCUUUCUCCUCCUGAUUGUGUGAGUGAUCCAGAUGACAAGGAAAUUAGCGAUGAUGAUGAUGAUGAUCGCAAUCACAAGCAUCGUAGACGGGAGGCUAGGUCUCAGUCUUUGGAGAGGGAUCCAUUAGAACAAUCUUUGACACAACCCUACAAAAAGCGGAACAAGACAUUUGAUAAAGGGCAGAGUGAUUCCCAGUCUCACUAUAACCCUGAUAGGGCCUUUACGAAAUUUGAAAAGAGGAGGCAUCCUGGAGUAAAUUUCUCGCGGUUUCCUGGUGAGCAUGGCUUUGGCAGAGGAAGAGGUAGAGACUUCCUACAUGAUUCACGGUUUGGUUCUGUUGAUGUUACUUCCCAUAUAGCUCAUCCUGGAUCUAUUCAACCUGCUAUGUAUGCUGGAAGAGGGUUGCCUAAUGUAUUAAAUACACAAAGUGCUCCUUGGACUGGUUUUGGACUACUUCCUGCUAUUCCAAAUGGGGCAAUAGAUGCUAUAAAUCCACUUGGCCUGCCAGGACUCCUCAGACCACAGUUGAAUCCUCCACUCAACAUGGGUAUUCAGCGUCAACGUUGUAGGGACUUUGAGGAAAAGGGAUAUUGUUUGAGAGGUGAUAUGUGCCCAAUGGAACAUGCUGUCAAUCGUAUUGUUGUUAAUGAUGUGCAGAGCUUGUUGCAAUUUAAUCUCCCGGUGUCGCUUUCAAGUGCGCCUGGGCUGGGUACAUCUAAUGGAAGUGGGUUUAUUCCACCCGUUGGUGUUUCUUCCAGUACACCAAUAAAUAAUCGAGGUUUACAUAGUAGAACAAGCAAGCCUGCUGUGGAUGAUGAGAGCUUAGCUGGUGCUGUUAAUGCUAGUGCAGCUGAUGUUUAUGACCCUGAUCAGCCUUUGUGGAAUAAUGUUGGUCAUGAAACAUCAACAUUGUUUGGAUUGCAGCCAACCGACUUUGAAGAAUCUGAUCCCUUUGUUGACACUGACCUCCCUGAUCGUGUAUUCUGUAGUAGUGCAGCAGCUAUGGGUUCACAAAGCACAAGCUCAUCUGUUUGGGGACGACUUAAUCAUUCAAAGAAUAAGGUGGAACCUAAAGAGAAGUUAGACUCUAAGACAAAGCCGUCAGAGUAUCCGGAGAGUAAAUUAAAAGAGAUUCGUGAAGCACCUUGUGCCGUCCAAGGGACAUCCCAUCUAAGCAAGCAAAACAAUGGAGGGCCAAUUGAUGCUAAAGUUGUUGGUUCAACAUCGAAACUGCAAAAUGAUGCAGGGGCUAAUCUUAGGAAAUCUUCCCAAAAGGCACAACGUACUCUAUUUGUUAAUUGCGUUCCGCUGAAGGACAACAAAAAAGAAAACCUUCUCUCUCAUUUCAGAAAAUUUGGAGAAGUAAUUGAUAUCUACAUCCCUGCGAAUAGUGAACGAGCUUUUGUGCAGUUCUCCACAAGGGAAGAGGCAGAGAGAGCACUGAAGGCACCUGAUGCUGUAAUGGGCAGUCGUUUUAUUAAGGUAUGGUGGGCAAACAGGGAUAGCGUACCCGAUGAGGGUACAAACAGUUGGAACAAUGUGAUAAAGCUCCAAGGUAUUCCAUCUGCUUCUGGUUUGCAUCAUAUGGCUACUGCAAAUAAAGGAAAAAAUAAUCUUCAACAAGGUACUUCGAAAGUGGCUGUGCCUAAACCUUCUGAUGGACACACAAAUUUUAGCAAUGACUUAAAACCUGUUGCUGCAAACAGUCCUAAGGGACAACCUCCAGCACCAAAAAAGAUAGACACUUUAGUGCUUUUGAAAGAGCAGCUCCGUAAGAAGCAGGAGAUGCUGGAACAGAAGCGGAAUGCAUUUCGCCGGGAAUUGGAUAAACUUGAAAAGCAAGCUACAGGAGCGAAGGGUGAAGUGCCUUCUGGGCAGGCUUCAAAGAAGCAAAAGGUUGAAACGUCAGCUGAUGUGACAGGCAAGGCAAACACCAAGUCUCCAAAUGCCAAUAUUUCUACGCAGUCAUUGCAGGCUGAUAUGGUAGCAGAUAAGAUGCUAACUUCAGACAACUUUACAUCUCAGAUAUCCAGAACAAUUUCAGCUGCUGAACUGCCGGACUCUCCAAAGUUAAAGCAGACUGUUCGUUCAUUGGCAACUUCAGCAACUUCUUUUUCUGCGAAUAGAUACAAAUUGGAUAACAGGCCGACAAUGUUUAGAAUCAGUGCACCUUUACCAUUUGACUUGGCAAAUGUUGCUGCUUUAAAGGAACACUUCUCAGUAUAUGGUGUUGUAUGUAAUGUGGAGAUAGAAGACUCUGGUGAGGAAUUAAGUCCUAAAGGCCACAAAGAUUCCGAGGCAAUGGAGAACUGUUCUGCUCGUGUAAGCUUUGCAAACCGUCAAUCUGCUGAAAGGGCAUUCGUGAACGGUAAAUCUUGGCAGGGAUACACGUUACAGUUUGCUUGGGUACCUUCGAGUAUUCCCACUACCAGCCUAAGUAGCGGCGAAAGUUCUGCUUUUAAAGCAACUCAAAAUGCUGAAGUUCAGUCCAAGGAUAAGACGAAACAUAAUAGUUCCCGGUCUGGAUUGAGUGUCAAAGAAAGUAACUCUUCUCCUUGCAAGUCAUCAAAUGAACUUGCUGCUGAUAUCAAAAGGGAUUCCAUUUUUGAAGCUCAAUCCCCAGAUAACUCGGCAAGUUAUAUACCUCUAGAAGCUGGUGAACCAGGAUUUCAGGACUCGGAUCUGCCGGAGGAAGAAGAUAGCACUGUGGAUGAUGAUACGAAGAUGGAUGAAGAUUUGAGAGUCAGUCCGAAAUUUCGUGAUGAAGAGAAAGUUGCCUAAGGCACAAACAUAUUGAGGAUGAGGAGUGUCUAAUUUUUGAUACUUUGUACAGCCAGGAAACACUGUAAAAUCAAUUGAAUUUUCGUUAUAACACUACCAUCUUUUGUUUUAAGAAUCGAUGUCGACGAUUCUCUAUAACUAUCGGUGAUAUUUAGUUCAUAGGCUAUUCUAAUAUUAAGUUCACCCAGAUGAGGAUUGGUUUAUUGAGCUCUCAGUCCUCUUUUCUUUUGUAUUUCCAAUUUCCAUAGCUUACUAAAUAUAUACUGUUUCAUAUGCAGAUGUUAUAUUACAGAAGUUAACUAUUUCUGUCAUACUGGCCGCACUUGAAGCCAGACGCUAGUCUAUACGCUAUAGUAUACUAUGAGCAGCAGGUGAUAUUCUCAGAACUCGGGCCUUAGGCUCCAGUGAACCAGACACUAUUAAGAGCCAACGUCCCUCAGAAACGCCAUUGAGAGAAUUGGUAGAAUAAUUGGUUGUCAUUUCAUUUCAAAAUGAGAGAAUAAGUACAAGGGUAAUCUUGGAGAGUAAGGAAACUAGCUACAAGGGUAAUUUUGGAGAGUAAGAAAACUA